GGCGGGCCGGGGCUGAGGGCCCUGAUGCGGCUGCGGCCGCGGCCGCUCCGCCGCCGGGAGAGGCCCCGCCCCGCCGCCGGGCUCCAUGUACCCCAGGUGAGCGGCGCUGGGGCUUAGGGGCCUGGGGAGGUGCGCGGGCGGCUCGGGCCUGGCCUGGCCCAGGAGAGGGGAACGGGAGUCCUUCGCUCGGCUCCUCCCGCGGGCCUCGCCCGCCCGGCCGGGAUGCCAGCCGUGCAGCCCUGCCCCGCCGGGGGCGGGGGGCUGUGGGACGGAGCGUGGCGCUGGAGCCGGGCUGAAGUGCGACGAACGUUGGUAGCCCUGCGUGCGGGGUCAGAGCCGGGGCCUGCGUGAGCUGCGGGUGUUCUUCCCCGCUUUCAGGCCCGCGGUCCAUCACGCUCGCAUCGCUGUGCUCGGGCGUGCUGUUUGCUAAGCCCAUGGGCGGGCGGCGGUGCCGCGAUGGGCAGAGCGAAGGCUCGUGGAGCUGCCCGCGGCUGGAAGCGACGACGGUGACCCGUUGGCAUCCCUCGAGGGCUGGUUCGGGCCACUUGUGCGGCAUCACACCCCGCGGUGUGCCGUGGUUUGGGUUGUUGGGCGGCCCCUGUCCUACAGCUGUUUGAGUGGCUCAGGAGGUGCAGCCACUCGGCCAGCGGUUGUGUCACCCGUAGUGCCAGUUUUCAACAUGGACCAUUUCAGAACUAGGCUGUUGAAGCUCUGUAAAAUGGCUAUUCUGCAGAGGUGGCUCUUGUCACCAUGGGCCACGUUUGGACUGAUGGUGAAUUGGGGAUUUUGUGUCCAUUACCGAUUUUAAGCCAUCUUUCCCCCUCCCCUCACCUGGUUUUAAUCUUCAGAUGUGGAGUACAGACGUAAUGAAAUACAAAUUGGGUGAUGUUGUCCAAGUAAUUGUGACAUUCAGCUUGCGGAUUGAUCUGCAAUCACAAUACUUUAUUCACAGUGGCUUCGAAUGGAAGAAAUGAGACUUUGUAUUCUGGAUAGAAAGCAAAGCACUGUGCUCAGAUUUGUCUUUUUGAUCUGGCUUUCUACUGUCGGUCAUUGCUGUCAAGUGAGAUUAGUAUAUCUUGGCCAUGGCAUCAUCACAGUAAUGAAUGAAAUGAACCUGAGUCCUGUAGGGAUGGACCAGCUGACCUCAUCCUCCGUCAGCAAUGCCCUGCCUGUCUCAGGGAGUCACCUGGGAUUGGCAGCAUCACCCUCUCACAACGCCAUACCGGCACCAGGUUUGCCUGUUGCAAUUCCAAACUUGGGCCCCUCCUUGAGUUCCUUGCCCUCUGCUCUGUCUCUGAUGCUCCCAAUGGGUAUUGGGGAUCGAGGAGUGAUGUGUGGUAUACCAGAGAGAAACUACACCCUACCUCCACCGCCAUACCCUCACCUGGAGAGCAGCUACUUCAGACACAUUCUACCUGGUAUCUUAUCUUACUUGGCUGACAGACCUCCGCCUCAGUACAUCCAUCCCAACACUAUAAAUGUUGAUAGCAAUCCAGCAUUGUCAGUACCCAGCAAUCCCUCAGCCCUAGACCCCUACCAGCCCAGCGGAACUGUGGGGCUGGAACCAGGGAUUGUGCCCAUGGACUCCCGCACAGUCAAUGCACAUGGUGCUCAAAACAUGCAUCCUAGUGACAGCCACGAGGUAGCUCUGGACAGUACAAUCACUAUGGAGAGCGUUUCAAGGGUAACCAGCCCCAUCUCCACAGAUGGGAUGACAGAGGAGCUUACAAUGGACGACGUAGCUGGGGAUCAUUCGCAGAUCCCAAAUGGCUCCCGGAGCCAUGAACCUUUGGCCGUAGACACGGUGGGAAGUAACUUGACUCCAGACUCAGUGGGGCAUGGUGGUGUCAUCCCCAUUCACAGUAGCACUUUGGAACUCCCCGUCCCUGUCGUCAUGGAGCCCGACCACAUCGCUGGGCGGGUGGCAGGGAUGUCAGCCAGCACACUAAAUGACUCCAUUCACACCGUGGCCAUGAGCACCAACUCUGUGAGCGUGGCACUCUCUACCUCACACAACCUCGCUUCUCUGGACUCGGUAGCCUUGCACGAAGUGGGCCUCAGCCUUGAGCCAGUGGCGGUGUCUUCCAUAAAUCAGGAAGUAGCCAUGGGGCCAGGUCAUGUGGAUGUGUCCGCAGACAAUCUUGCCUUCGUACCGUCCUCUCUGCAAAUGGAAGACUCCAAUUCGAACAAGGAGAACAUGGCAACCUUGUUUACCAUAUGGUGCACGCUGUGUGACAAGGCAUAUCCAUCAGACUGCCCUGACCAUGGACCUGUCACCUUUGUCCCGGACACCCCAAUAGAGAGCCGAGCCAGGCUUUCUCUCCCUAAGCAGCUUGUCCUACGGCAGUCUCUCAUGGGAGCUGAAGUGGGUGUGUGGACACGAGAAACCAUUCCUGUAAGGACUUGUUUUGGGCCUCUGAUUGGGCAGCAGAGCCAUUCUCUGGAGGUGGCUGACUGGACAGACAAAGCAGCUAGUCACAUCUGGAAGAUCUAUCACAGUGGUGUCCUGGAGUUCUGCAUCAUUACAACUGAUGAAACUGAAUGUAAUUGGAUGAUGUUUGUACGCAAAGCCAGGAACCGGGAAGAACAGAAUCUGGUGGCUUAUCCUCACGAUGGAAAAAUUUACUUUUGCACUUCUCGGGACAUCCCACCUGAGCACGAGCUUUUCUUUUAUUACAGUCGGGACUACGCACGACAGCUUGGUGUCCCCGAACAUCCAGACGUGCACAUCUGCCACUGUGGAAAGGAAUGUGCUUCCUAUGCGGACUUCAAGGCCCAUUUGAGCAGCCAUAUUCACAGCCACCUCCCCAGCCAGGGCCACAGCAGCAGCCACGGGCCAGGCCAUGGCAAGGAAAGGAAAUGGAAGUGCUCCAUGUGCCCCCAGGCUUUCAUCUCCCCUUCCAAGCUCCACGUCCACUUCAUGGGGCACAUGGGCAUGAAGCCACACAAGUGCGAUUUCUGUAGCAAAGCUUUCAGUGAUCCUAGCAACUUACGCACGCACCUCAAGAUACACACAGGUCAGAAGAAUUAUCGGUGUACCCUCUGUGACAAAUCGUUCACCCAGAAGGCUCACUUGGAGUCACACAUGGUCAUCCACACCGGGGAGAAGAAUCUGAAGUGUGAUUACUGUGAAAAGCUGUUCAUGCGGAGGCAGGACCUCAAGCAGCACGUACUUACCCACACACAAGAACGGCAGAUCAAGUGCCCCAAGUGUGACAAGCUGUUUCUGAGGACAAAUCAUCUGAAGAAGCAUCUCAACUCACAUGAAGGAAAGAGAGACUAUGUCUGUGAAAAAUGCACCAAGGCUUAUCUAACCAAAUAUCACCUCACUCGCCACUUAAAAAUAUGUAAAGGCCCCACAUCCAGUCUGUCAGCCCCAGAGGAGGAAGAGGAAGAUUCUGAGGAGGAACUGAUAGACUCGCUGAGGACUGAGGACUGUAGGAUUAACAAUGGAGUCUACUCAACUGGUGAUGCCCUCACUGGACACAAAUGAAGAAAAGGGAGAGGGAAAUUUUUGUGGAUGUUAAAACGGGGGAAGGAAAAAACUACAGACCUCUUCCUUGUCUCCCCAGUCAACGGCGUAUGGCAAAUGAGGAGUACUCCUUUCGUUCUGGUCUCCCCACUACCACCACUUAAUAAACUCUGUAGCCAAAACACUGAAUGAGAAUGGAUCAUGCGCUUAAGAGUGAACAGUUGCUAGAAAGGAAAUAUGAGGAACUGAGAUUUUUCACACAUGCUGUGCAUACUCAGAUAACCCACCCAGCGCUAGGAUACAUAACACACCUUGCAUUGUCCUGUGAGGGAAGAGCCACAACCCAGAGAUGUAGUUGAGUAAUGGCCGUGACCUGUAAGCCAUCUUUUCCUUAACUGCCCCAGCACUGACAGCAAGAAAAACAAAAAAGACAAAAAAAUGGUGGUAGCAGUUAGUUGUGUUUAUCUUUUUAAUACCUGCUAACUGAAGGAUGUGGUUUGGCACAGAGCAAAGAAUGUCAGUGCUCAGGGCUCCUUCUACAGAAAAUAAUGCUUUGGUUUGGAGGCAGUGGAAUCAACAGUUGCAGAUAAAGCAAUUAUCCCACUACAGCGGUGUUCAGAAAACCAAAAAUUGGCUAUCAGUUAUUACCUUCUCUCACUCCACGAGAGCAUGUCGUGAAGAGGUAAGGACUGUACAGAUCAGUAAGGAAGAAGCUUACAGGUGAUCAGACAGCGUUUACAGUAUGCCUUUGUGUGCUGUAAGCCUUUUACCACUUAAAAGUGAUGGGAGGGUUUGCUGCUAAUACUAUUUAUGGAAUGAAAAUGUAUUUCAUUCACUUGUUUUCUUUUUGGAAAAAAAAAAUUAAAAAUGUGGCUCUUUUCUAA